CUUUCCGCUCUCUGCCCAUUCUGAUGCCUCGUUGGAGGGCCCAGGUUUGUUCUCCGCGCUAGAAAUCUACUUGGGGCAGGAGUGCAUCGGGUCACGAGCGGGAUGAAGCAUCUAUCGUGUAAUGGUGGUUUCUAUUGGACUAGGGCGUCGGUUGGAUCUUGGUGGAGUUUCGCACAGGGUAAGGGUCGUGUACAAUUCGAGUGGAGAGAGGGAAAGCCCAAUCUUCAAACGCAGGUCGCGGAGGACAACAGUUUUCUCAUUGAGUGGCGUCUCGUCGACAACAACAAAGAGAUAGAAAAUUCUACUGAUAAUUUUACUCCGAGUGAUGUACUUCUUUGAGAGUUGGUCGUGCACUGUUCUCUUUGGCUUCGAACUAAGAACCAGAAUCAAAGUUUGGAUAAGAAAAUGCAAAAAAAUAAAAAUUUCACACGAGGGUAAAAAAUUAAAAAUUAUUUACUGUGGAUUGUGGAUGAGUCUCUGAACAAGGAGUCGCGACUCGCGAGAUGGGCUCUCAGCUGAAGUCCGCUUACAGUUCAACUCCAGCCAUGGCGGUAGAGGCUCUUCUUGUCUCAGUUGCAGCCCCCCCGCCCUCAGCCGGCGCUCUUCUUCAUGGGCAUUGGUCUGUUGUGCAACAGACAACAAAUGCCGCUAUCAGUGCAUUCAGAUUGGGACAGAGAGAUGUCGGAAUUUUCAACGAUGGCCGGUGCAACUCAGUUUCCAGCCAGUAUAGGAGAGCAGCUGUGCGUGCCAACGUUGGAAGUGAAGGUAAGCACGAGGUCCGAGCUGGGGAGGGCGUGGAUGAUGCGGAGUUGGGGUUGGCCUCGUGUCUUGAAUUGGCCGAGGACGGCAGCAGAUACCUGCACGUCGUGGCUUCGUCCAUGCACAAUGUGGAUAAUGGUUGUAUCAUAGGCUUAACGUGUGUUCCAAUCACCAAGGGUUGCUCCUCUGUUCAGAACUUGGAGUUUCCUCUCUUUCUUAAUGCCCUUGCUGCGUCACCCAUCAGGGCUGCUGUCGAGAAGGGGGGGCUUCCUCAUGCGCUUGAGGACCUGGGCAACUUGAGCGAUCUUGAUUUGCAGAGAAUAUAUGUCAACUCCUUCACUAGUGUUAAAAGAGGUGGUGACUUCGUAGUUUUGGAUGAGAGAACGGGGGUGAGGUCUGUAGUGGCUUCCACAUUUCCGCAGGCGAUUGCAGUAGCUUUGCGGUACCGACAGCCAUUCUUCGUGAUGUUGGAGGCAUUGUUAUCAGCCAACAAAGACUUUAUUGAUCGCAUGCUUAUCAAUCCUUUAGCACGCGACCAAGACGGCGAUGUUGAGUGGUUGGCUGGGCUGUCUAAGAGCAUGCACGUCAUUGUUGGGAAUCAAGCACGAUUGCAAGCAGCCCUAAAAUCUGCCGUGGAGUCAGAGCAGCUUCUCAGUAUGAAGAGGCGUUUAAACUGAAGCAAGCACUGGCGGAUCACGACACUUGCAUCAACCAACGAGCAGUGCAUGUCUUGCAGAGACUGAGGACCCUUUAUCUCGAACGAAUGGGAAUAUUCUUUAAACUGUAAAUAGAUCUCUCGUUCAACAUGCUCUUACUGCUCCUUGUUCUUUUUCUUCUUCGUUACGGGUGCCAUGUAUGUCAAUAUUGAAGCUUUUUGCACUGUCAGUGCACCUCCGCAGAGUAGCUUCAGGACCCAUCUGCGGCUUCUAGGCAAAACUCCCUGGCUUAGGUUUAGAUCAGUGUCAAGGUUUGUGCUGGUACCCACUAGGUCAUAAAGUCUGUUUGCUUUUCAGCGUUCGCACCUUUCGAAACACAGAGUUUGUGAGAAGAGCCUCUUUGGAUGAGAGCAAUCAGUACCCCUCUUUACACUUUUGACCUUCUGAAAACAGGUUUAGGGUACGACCAACGCAUGUGAGAGUUAGGCUGGUCCAAGACUGCAUUCCUUUGCACCUCUAAAAUAACAUUCUUAGCUACAAUGAGUAUCAAUGAUCGGAGUGGUGCAAAAUCAAGCUAAUUUGUCUUAAUUCUCAAACAGUGACGGUAUAGUGAAGGAGGAAAGAAGAAUCCUCCAAGAUCUACAAUAAAUUUAGUUAAACGCUCGUCUUCUACCCAUAUGUAUGUAUGCGGCAGAAGUUCAAUGAUUAGUUGAAUCUGCUUCUCAGAACGUGUCCUGUAGAUUUCGGGACAUGAUUUCACAUCAAAAGGAAGACAAGCAAACUAAUGUAAUCAAUUUUCCGGCUUU